UUCCAAAGUCUGAACCCUCUCAUACACAUCUACAAAUACCCCUUUGCCUCUCUUCCUCCCCCUCCUCCUCAUUCCAAGUCCGAGUUCUCUGGGUCCAUCUCAUUCCUUCCUAGCCAGCUCCAAUUCAUAACCUCUCUCUCUUUCUUUCUUUUCAGUACUCUCUUACCAUGGCCUCAUAUUGGAGGACCCCGAAACCUGGCCGGAAGAUCCCCUUCAUCAAGAAGAGCCCCGUCGAAAAUCCGAUCAUGGAGCCAUCGAUCCCGACACAUUUCCGCUGCCCGAUAUCGCUUGACCUCAUGAAGGAUCCAGUGACUGUCUCCACUGGAAUCACCUACGACCGACAUAGCAUCGAGACAUGGUUCGAGGUCGGGAACCAGACAUGCCCGGUCACUAACAACGUGCUAAAGAGCGAAGAACUCAUCCCCAACCACUCUUUAAGGAGGAUGAUACAAGAUUGGUGUGUCGCAAAUCGCUCGUUGGGCAUCGAAAGGAUACCCACGCCGAGGAUCCCGGUGACUCCGAUCCAGGUAUCGGAGCUGCUAUCAGAGAUUGCUUCAGCUAGCAGGCGGGGAGACCGUGCCCGGUGCCGAGAAUUGGUGGCAAAGAUCAAAGCUCUGGGGAGGGAGAGCGAGCGGAACUGGCGGUGCAUCGUCUCGGGUGGUGCUGGCCGUGUCCUCUCUGCCUCUUUCAGUGAAUUGGCUGCAGGAUCUUUUGACAACUCAACCUCAGGGGUAUUGGAGGAGAUCCUAUCGGCGCUGGCUGCUUGCUUUCCUCUCGAUGAGGAGGCUCACUGGCACAUCGGAUCACCCGAGUCUCUGAAUUCCUUGGUCUUGAUACUAAAUUGUGGAGAUUUGGCAGGAAGGCUUAACGCUGUCUUGAUGCUGAAAGAGCUCGUCUCUUCGUUGGAUGCCGACCGCAUCAAUGUCGUGGCAGAUACCGAUGGAUUGAUCGAAGCAUUGGUCAAGCUUAUCGAGAAGCCUAUCUCACCUCAAACAACAAAGGCCUCCUUGGUGACUACCUUCUAUCUGGCUUCCUCGAGCGAGAUGACGGCAGUGAAGUUUGUGGAGAUGGGGUUAGUCUCCCUGCUUCUAGAGAUCCUCGUUGAUUCAGAUAAGAGCAUGUGUGAGAAGGCUCUUGCAGUCCUUGAUGGAGUUCUUGAGAGCAAGAAAGGCAGAGAGACAGCUUCUGAUCACUCACUGGCCGUGCCUGUCUUGGUUAAGAAGAUGUUUCGGGUUUCCGACAUGGCAACUGGAUUUGCCGUCUCGGCCCUGUGGAAGCUCUGCAAGAAUUACGAGCAGGAAAGAGGGGAAGGAUGCUUGGUGGAGGCUCUACAAGUGGGAGCGUUUCAGAAGCUGUUGCUCCUAUUGCAGGUGGGAUGCACUGGUACAACCAAAGAGAAGGCAAGCGAGUUAUUGAAGCUUUUGAAUGGCAUGAGGGGAAGAGGGGAAUGCAUUGAAACUGUGGAUUUUAAAGCACUAAAGAGACCCUUCUAAUUGUUCAAUCAUCAGGAGGAAAAGAGAGCACACAUUGAUUUUAGAUUUUGUGAAUAUUCAGUGAACAAAGAUACGGAGAUUCUUUUGUCAGAAAAUACAAAUUCAAUCAUUAUUUCCUACAAC